GUGCUGAUAAAUAUGCGGAUUAAACCAUCCUUAAAGUCGAGUUUUUUAGCGCAAAAUUUUUGAUAUCGACGGCUUGAUUAACACCGCGCCAGGAUUUAUCCUGCGUAUGAGUUCAUUAUCGAGCAUUGUGCGCACUUAUCGGAAUUUUCGAUUAGUUUGCUCAUCCGCGAUGGCUGAUACUUUUAUCUCUCGUCGUGGGUGGUUGGAAAAUCAGUUGCUAUGAAGCUUGUCAGUCGCGUUCGCAUCUUCAACGUGAAAUAACAAUCAUUUACAAGCAAACAGUGGAAUAAUGUAGAGGUGUGUGAUAGUGAAAGCAUGUGCGUGCGUGGAUUUGAUUAAUUUUUGUGUGCGGCAUUACUUGCGCUAAGUAACAAUAAUAAUAAAAAAAAAUAUAUUAAUAUUGCGAGCGCAAUUGAACGGAACUAAUGAUCGCUGUGCGCGCGUACGGACGAUGACUAUCAUUGAACCGAUAACAAUGGAGCAAGUCUAUGAUAAUGCCAUAGACAAAUCCCAAAGUCAACACAACAGCCAACAGCAACAACAUCAUCACCAGCAGCACAACGUCAACGAUAACGCCGCAGUCAGCGCUAAUGAUGCGAAUAAUGCGAUGGCGGCAAACAACGCCACGAACCGCAAGAUUUCGUUGGCGACGACACCCGAAGAGGAACACGUUGAUAUCUAUAAAUGUCCGCCGGAGGAGAAGUACGGCUUCAUCAUUCCACCAACGCACACCCUUAAGUUAUUAAUGGUAUUUCCGAGCAUGGAGGGCACGGCUGACGCGCUGAAACGCGCCGCCGAGAAAUUGGGCUUCGAUGUGAAAAACUGCUGCACGCACGAUAAGGCUUUAGAGGAAUUCCAAACCGUUCACCAGGAUCUCAUUAUCAUCGACAGUCGGUCGAAAGCGCUGGAUUUCGACACGCUCUGCAGAUCGAUUCGAAGCACAAAAGGAAGUCAACACAUUGUCCUCGCAUCCGUCGUGAAAAAAAGUGCGUUCGAGAAGGAUGACAACUUAAUUAUGUCCCACUUAGAGAUAGGCUUCAAUAGGUGUCUAGUUGAAUCGAUAAACGUAAUAUCUUGGUAUAACGAGUUGAUGCAGCUGAAAACGAGCGACUGCCGAAAUGCGAUGCAGAUCGGCACCAAUCAGAUAAUGUACAAAGCCAUGAAUGGCACGCGCGAUCCUGUGAUUGUGAUGGACGACAUUGGCCGAUUGCAGUACUUGAACGGUGCGUCGGAGCGGUUAUUCGGUUAUCGUGUGGAGGAGACUCUGGGAAAAACUAUUCAGACGCAGCUGGCUGGUGAUCCAAAUCAAAUCCAGACGCUCAUCGGCGCCGUCACGAAGGGCAAGACGUGGCAGGGUCUAGUCGCGUUCAAGCGGAAAGCCAUGGACACGCUGAACACGACCUGCAAAGCUUUUCCUAUCGUGUGCGCCGGACGCACACCAACACACAUCUUGCUGAUCAUAGACACAUUCGGGCCGGCCGAGGGGUAUAUGAAUCAAUCCCGGGGGAGUAUAAACUCAAUGCGGAAGUCGUCCGUGGACUUUAAGAACACAGACUAUGGCAGGCGGACUUCUCUUGCAAAGUUACCACUUGAAGCACCUAUUACUAAGAUUAUUAAUUUAAUUUAUGACGUGCAAGUACAAAGCUCGCCGGUGGCGGGUGCAAUGCUUGAAAAGGUGGUCGAUAUGUUGAAGUGCACUGAGCUGUACUCGCCCAGCGUCAAAGAGGAGGCAAAGGGGCUGCACGAGGAACCUGUUGCGUCCAACUUGAUCGAAGCGCUCUUGUCUCAGCACGCAUCCGGCAUGGGAUUGAAUUCGCGGCGGAGCAGCAACGAUUCCAGUAUCUAUCGAGCGACGAACAAAGCUCUUCGCAUCAAGCCGAAGGUGGAUAAGUUGCUGGAGAACGUCCUCGAUUGGGACUUCAACGUGUUCAAGCUUGAGUCGCUGACAGAGCACCGGCCGCUCGUAAAUCUUGGCGAGCAGAUUAUGUCCCACUACGACGUACAUAAGACGCUGGGAUGCGACGAACGUACCAUGUAUAAUUGGCUGCUCAAAAUUGAAGCCAAUUACCACUCGUCCAACCCUUAUCAUAAUUCAGCGCACGCCGCCGAUGUCCUGCAGGCCGUAGCAGUAUUUUUGACCAAAGACCGUCUGCGACUGGUGUUGGAUCCAAUUGAUCAAGCCACUGCGUUGAUCGCGGCGGCUGCUCACGAUGUCGAUCAUCCUGGUCGCUCGAGUGCUUUUCUCGCUAAUUCGGCCAAUCCUCUGGCAAUUCUGUACAAUGAUAUCACUGUGCUUGAGUCGCAUCAUGCUGCGUGCACGUUCAAGUUGACUUUGAAUGAUGACAAGUGUAAUAUUUUCAAGCGGCUGGACCGCGAAACUUAUAAUCUCGUUCGAUUCAACAUUGUGGACAUGAUUCUCGCUACCGAGAUGACCAAGCAUUUUGAACAUCUCGCCAAGUUCGUAAACGUAUUCUGCACACAAACUGCGGAAGAACUGGAAGAAGUACUGCCUGAGGUGUUAUCGGCACCUGAAAACAUCACUCUCAUUAAACGUAUCAUGAUCAAAUGUGCGGACGUUUCCAACCCCACCCGCAGCUUGCCACUGUGCAUCGAAUGGUCGAAGCGCAUCGCGGAGGAAUACUUCCAGCAGACGGAGGAGGAGCAGGAGAAAAGCUUGCCGGUUGUGAUGCCCUUGUUCAACAGGGGAACCUGCUCGGUACCCAAAGCUCAAAUUGGGUUUAUGGACUUUAUCAUUAACAAUAUGAUGGAUGCUUGGCAUGCAUUUAUUGAUAUGCCGGAGUUGGUGACCAAUAUGCGUAAGAACUAUCUUGCUUGGAAGGAGAUGGACGACCAGGGAUGCUCGACACUCAGCGACAUUUCAAAAAUGCAAGAGACGACAUGGACCCACCGGCUAACUUACUAACGAUUUUUCGAACUGCUGUUUGUCAAUCAAACACUCAAUCAUUUAUCAUUUUAAUCUAAUUGUGUAAAUACGAUGUACUAAUCAAUUACGAAUCAUCUGUGUAUAACGCAAAUCUAUGCUGACUGACAUUUUCUUCUACUCUCCCAGAAACCCCACUUUCCAAUCGUGAAACGAUUGCAUAUAUUCUUUUACUACAAAUGUACACUUUUAUGCGAGUUUACGGCGUAUGUGUGGUGCGCAAGCCAAUUUAUGUCAUAAUCACAGUGUGUAACAAAAUAUGAUGUGAGUAGAGUUUCAUUUCUAAUUUAUGAUCAAAUCAGAGCGUUGAUUAAUUGGUUACUUAAAAGGAUUUAGAAGAACGCACGGAAACACUACAAACUUUAUGAUAAUGAAUAAUUAUGUAUGUAAAUGGUAAAUUAUGCUAUUUUAAUUGUUAAUAAAUGCAUUUUCAUGUGACAA